CGUUGGCUACUUAUAGCCUUAGAACUUUGGGGCAGUUGUGAAGCCAUGGCUUGCGGCCUACCCAAUGUUGUCAGCACAGGCCGUCCACCAGGCGUGGCAACGCUGCGCGGAGAGCUGGCAAAGUUCAGCGCAGGCAUUGGCAGUUCCUGCCGCUGCCGGAUCACAGGAAGAGUAUGUUCAAGCGCUGUGUGCUCGAAACAUUUCGUCCAUAGCUCGGUCGUUUCUCAGCCGUGUUGUCCAGGAUGAACGUGUACUUUUUCAACAAACGACAGAGAAGUUAUUGCUGCAGAAUUUGCCGCCCCGUGGUGCGUAUGCAGUGUGGCGUCAGCUGAGUUCAGCGCUCGUGGCGUCGCAGCUUUGGCUUGGCCAAUGGACACCGGGCGCCUUUUUAUCGAAAACGCUGCCAGCCUCGGUACUGCUGGAGAUGCUGGCCAUACCGACCGAGCUUCUUUUUUGCGACCGUGCUUUGCCUUUGGCGGAUGUACAGCUGUGGGGACGCGCUGCCCGCACCUUGGUAGAGGCGUCUGACCAGGUGUUUGCACUUUUGCUUGCAGAUCUGGGUGGCUCAGGAGCCUUGAAGGUGUUAGCAGACUGGCUGAGGGCUACGCGGCUGUCCUUUGAAUGGUUGGAUACUGAUGAAGCGGUGCCUUUACGGGCGCUGCGUCGACACACAGCCAGCCUUCUACGGAUGACGGAGGCAGAUCCUGGCGGAGGCUGCCAGGUUGCCCAGCAACUGGCAAGGUGGGUUCGCUGCGAUGCGGAUGUGCAACCCAUUCUUCAGCCUUUGCUGGACAGGCUUUUGCCCCUGGCACUUAUGCCGGAUCCUCCUCAGCUACUGCCGUUGCUUGCUGAUUUGGCAGCUGAUCGCUGGCCUCGUGCCUGUAUCGAAUCUCAGGCAACAGGGCUGGACAUUCUUGCCGUUGCAGAUGCAACCUUGGCGUUUGUGCGAUCGUCAGACACCAUGGAUGCAGAAGCUGCCUUAGCUGUUUGGCAAUCCUUCGCGGUGACCAUGCUGAAUGGCACUACGGACUGGGAGGAUGAGGCCGAGCCAGGGAUCGGCCGUCAUGCCAACUGGUGGGUACCCAUGGAUCAAGUUCAUGGGGCACCAGCGCUCCCACAACUCUUCAGCCGAUUGGUGCAGGAGAUCUUGAGGUUGAUGAGGCUCUCAGCAGGCACUCUCACAAAAGAGUUGCAGGCACGUCUUGAAGCUCGCUCUGCGGCACAGAGUGCACUGGCUGCCUGGGCUGGCCUGGUAGGUGAUUCUUCGGCCUGGUCUGCUGCUACGUGGGCUCCGCUGCAUCUUGUGGCGCGGCAGUUGGCAGUGAACAGUCCGCAGGAAAGUCUGGCCCAAGAGGUAGAGGUCGUGCUUUGGUUUUCUUUUACACUGGCAGCAAGCUGGCCUGAGCAAAAUGCCCCGGCAGCAGCAGUAGUCCUUGAAAUCAAUGACCAGCUCGACUCCUUCCCGCCGACGUGGAGAGCUUUGCUGUGGAUGCAGGCUUGCUGCCUGGCAUCGACGGCACCUCCACAGCUUUGCCCGAGGCUCAUCGAGUGGAUGUUGCAGCGCCCGCCACAUGUGGCUGGGGCAAAUGAACUCCUGGAGAUCACAGAGCUACCUUACGCGUGCAGCUUGGAAAUGGCCUGCCGGCAACUGGGCAAUAUCACCAGCGAGGCGGCUGCAGAGAGGUUGUUGAGCCUCGCCUUUGAGGUCCCCGUGGAGCACUUGCAUCCCCAUAGCGCAGAUGCAAAGGCUCGAAUUCUACGUGCUGUCAGGCAUGUCGUUGGUGACAACACCAAGAGGCUAUGUGACGUAUUUGGCCAACGAAUUCUGCCGGGCCUGUGGCGCGCAUCUCAGGCCGAGGGCCAAACCGGUCAUUUGGCCAUGCGCGUGCUGAUCGCAAUUCUACAUUCAGUCCUUGCCAGUUCCAGCACAGGCCACCAUGGUCCUGAACAUCCCGUGAUCCUGCUGUGGCAGGAAUAUGGUCAGUGCUUGGAAGCUCCGCUGCUCCAGCUGCAGUGCAACAUUGCAUCGGACGGGCAGGAGCAGCCGCUGGCGGCGGCAGUCGAGGUCCUUGCUGCGGCUUGUGCUGAGCCGGUUUUGCUGCACCAGGCGCUGCAGCUGCUGCUACGGACUGCGCAAAUUCGUGGUGCAGUUGGCGCAGAGGCUUGCUUGAAAGCGCUGGAGCACGUGCUGCCAAAUCUGCCAUGCCCUCCCCUAGGGCAAUCAGCUGCAGAUGCCGUGGCCCGUGUAGCGCAUGAGAUGUCUGAGGUCGUCCUGUCAAGCAUUGAAUUGCUGCAAAACCCGGCUGUGGUGAAGGCACUGUAUUCUCUCUGGAACCGCAGCCUUGUACUGGCAGGCAAGCCAGGAUGUGGAGGUCGGCUACGAUCUGCUUUCCUCGGCAAGACGCAGCUCGUGGAGAGGAUGCUGGGCAUUCUGCACACUACGCUGCCAGUCUUUGCUGCUGAUGUGCUGCUGCGGUGGCUGUCAUUGCUUCUUCCGCGAGCAGACGCCGGCACCAGCCCAGACGUGCUAGCUGUGCUGCGCCAGGCACUGCCUGUGCUCUGUGGGUCCAUCUGCAGGUGUUUGUCUGAACAGGAGGGCUUGACAAAGUGGGAUAGUGGCUUUCUGGAUGCUGCAGAGUUCCUAUUCCUGGCAGCGGAUGUGUUCAGAGAAGAUUUCCCGGCGGCGCUAUCAGCAGGUGUUCAAUCAGUUGACUGCCUGCCGCGUUGGAGCCAAGCACAACUUCAGCAGCACAUUGAGCGUCGCCAGCAAUGGCCCACCCGCUCAGCCUGGAUCAGCGCUCUUCAGCAGAUUGUCCAGGCCAAGUCCUAUACUGCCGAGCAUGUGGCUUGCUAGCUUGGGAAGGCAUGGCUGCAAGCGCUUCCUGGAUGCAGGACGUACAGCGGGAGAGAGCGCAGAAAGCGACGUAGGCUCAGUGGUCAGCAAAGGACGG